AAUAUUGACCCAAGUGUGUGGAAGUCCUGGGUAAAAGCAGGCGUAGCCCUCACCUUAAAGAGUUUAGGGACUUGCAUUUUGCAGUAGAGACGUUGCAGAGUUUCACUACAGUUUUUCAGUUCCUUUCUUGCUUCCUUUUUAAUGAGUAUCGAGAAGCGUCUAGUCAUUUUACAGCGAGCCUAACGGGACUGAUCAGUGCUGAGCCUCCUUCAACAUGGACUGUCGCGUGCUGUCAAUUCAGAGUCACGUGGUUAGGGGAUAUGUUGGAAACAAGUCGGCCACCUUUCCUUUACAGGUGCUUGGCUUUGAAGUGGACUCUAUAAACUCCGUACAAUUCUCCAAUCACACAGGUUACGGGCACUGGAAGGGACAAGUGCUAACUGCAGAUGAGCUACACGUCCUUUACGAAGGGAUUAAACUCAACAAAGUCAACCAUUAUGACUACGUGCUUACAGGUUACUCCAGGGAUGUGUCUUUCCUGGAGAUGGUGGCGGACAUUGUGCAGGAGCUGAAGAGUGUCAACCCCAGGCUUGUCUAUGUAUGUGAUCCAGUCAUGGGAGAUAAUGGAUCAAUGUACGUUCCAGAAGCCCUGCUGCCUGUGUACAGGGAUAAAGUGGUGCCAGUAUGCGACAUCAUUACGCCCAACCAGUUUGAGGCCGAGCUCCUGACGGGAAGAAAGAUCAGUACGGAAAAAGAUGCAGUUGAGGCAAUGGAUCUGCUGCAUGCUAUGGGUCCCGACACUGUGGUCAUCACCAGCUCAGACCUGCUCUCUUCUCUGGGAGAUCAGUAUCUAGUGGUCUUGGGUAGCCAGAACACAGUGACAGCAGAUGGCAGUGAAGAGAAGCAACGCAUCAGGUUGGACAUUCCCAAAGUAGAUGCCGUGUUUGUGGGCACUGGGGAUCUGUUCGCUGCUAUGCUGCUGGCGUGGACGCACCGACACCCUAAUGACCUCAAAAAAGCCUGUGAGAAGACGGUUUCUGUGAUGCAGCAUGUCAUUAAGAGGACCAUCACCUACGCCACGGAGGUGGCUGGUCCUGACCGGAGACCGAGUCCUGCACAGCUGGAGCUGAGAAUGGUGCAGAGUAAAGCAGACAUUGAAGAUCCUGCCGUAACGGUCAAUGCUGUGGUGCUCUAGGGUUUCACUUCCUUCCUCUUCCAGACUGCCCCGGAGCCCUCGCAUGCGAAAGCAAUCUCGCAUCAGAGGACACAACCACAUUAUUGUGUAGAGCAGGAAAGACCUGUGAAUGUUUACCGUGAUUAAAACGCACAGGUAAAAUCACAGGUCGUCCACAUACUAACCAAAUAAUAACUAAAGCCAGGCUGGCAUUUUUGUUCGACUUAUAUAGUACUGUAUAAAGAUGGAGCAGUUUUUUAAUAUUCUAAUAAAAUAACGUGAAAGAAGCACGUCCUGAUCAGAUUUACUGUAAUCAUCUGAGCAGAUGUAUGCUGCUAAAAAGGAUGGUUUUAAUUUCAAUAACACCACGUUACUAGCACAGGACGACAAUAUAUUCGCAAUGCUUCCUCAUUAUAAACUAGAUGGUAGUUAGACACCGCUUCCUGAUUGGAAUAGGACAUGAUUUUCUUAUAUGAUAUCCAUAUAACUUCUAUAUUCCACACAAGUGAUGCAUUUUCCCAUUCAACAUGAAUAAAGUAAUGUUUCUCACAUAAUAUUAGCUUAAUGGUUAGGGAAAUGUCAUUGGUCUUGUGGAAUGUGUGCAAGCUUCAUUACCGCAUACUGCAUGACUUAGAAAAUAUAGUUUGGGAGAGUAUUACCGUUAGAGAAUCUGGUUUCCACUGUUCUUGGCCUCGAGAAUGUGGCGGUUAGUCCACAAUCUAGUAGUCACGUAACCCGCUUUACCAUUUAUUUUUCCUAUUUUUUAAUACUGUUAAUGGAGCAUUUGGCGUUCACAUAUGGGGAUUUGUGAAGUAGUCGGUGAUGAAGAGGAGGGAGAAGCCAGGUUGUGAGAAUGCACACCUGGCACUGAUUUGGCUCAGUGGGGGAGAGAGAGAGAGAGAGAUAAAGGAGUGGCUGGAAGCGCCAGCGUCACACACUUCAAAGCUGGGCAAGGAGGAGGCAGGAACUGGCUAAGGUUUAAUCAUCAACAGAACUCAAACAUAAUAAUGAUAAGGAGUCUUUAUUGGUCACAUAUACAGUAGAGAACAGUGAAAUUGUUUUCUUUGCAUACCCCAGCCUGUCACGAAGCUGGGGGUCAGAGCACAGGGUCAGCCAUGUAAAACACAAGCUUAAUCCAAACACAAAAUGCACAUGCGUGUGUCUCGCUCUCCCACUGGUGCUUCCAGCCGCUCCUUUAUCUCGCUCUCUCUGCGCAACCUGGCUUCUCCCUUCACUCCGUCACAUGGGCUUUGGGACCUAAAUAUACUGCAGUGUAUUAAAAUAAUGAAAUAAAAUGAUCACAGGAACCUUUUGUACAAGUAAUAACUGUCCAUUUUUACAAUCUAGCAGUAAAAAUGAUCAAUAAAAACCCACUUUUUGUCAUGUCCGUAA